UUUCCAGAAAGGGAAGAAGGAACAACCAGCCUGUGGCCGCUGGUGGGAAAUGCUCUUCAGUCUCCAAGGGAAUAUUUAAUUGCCAGCUCAGCUUCCUUGGGGCCACAUGCUUUUGGGGUCCGGUGGUUGUCCUUUUAUAGCCCUUGGCUUGGGCUCUCCAGGGCUGCUCCGAUGGGCCUGGUCUCAAGAGUGGUUCAAAGAGGUGAUGAUUUCAAAGUCUUAUGGAACAAGUUCCCUCUCUCACGCCUUGUCCUCUUCUUCUGUUCUCUUCCUUCGGGACACCUCCAGACGCCGCACCAGGCUGCAGGACAGCCCUUUAAGUUCACCAUCCCGGAGUCUCUAGACCGGAUCAAGGAAGAAUUCCAAUUCCUCCAAGCUCAGUAUCACAGCCUUAAAUUGGAAUGUGAGAAACUGGCAAGUGAAAAGACAGAAAUGCAAAGGCAUUAUGUGAUGUACUAUGAAAUGUCAUAUGGAUUAAAUAUCGAAAUGCACAAACAGACAGAAAUUGCCAAGAGAUUGAAUACAAUCUGUGCACAAGUCAUCCCAUUUUUGUCUCAAGAACAUCAACAGCAAGUGGCUCAAGCCGUUGAACGUGCCAAACAGGUGACCAUGGCUGAGCUGAAUGCCAUCAUCGGGGUACGUGGCCUUCCAGGUCUACCUCCUACCCAACAGCAGUUGCAGGCUCAGCAUCUCUCACACGGCCAUGGACCCCCAGUGCCUCUAACUCCACAUCCAUCUGGACUUCAGCCCCCUGGAAUUCCUCCGCUUGGCAGCAGCGCCGGCCUACUUGCCCUCUCAAGUGCUCUGGGUGGGCAGUCUCACUUGGCAAUAAAAGAUGACAAGAAGCACCACGAUGCAGACCACCACAGAGACAGAGAUCCGGGCACAAGUAAUUCACUCUUAGUCCCUGACAGCCUGCGUAGCACAGAUAAACGUCGAAAUGGGCCUGACUAUUCCAGUGACAUGAAGAAAAGAAAAGUAGAUGAUAAGGAUUCAAGUCACUAUGACAGUGAUGGAGACAAAAGCGACGACAACUUAGUUGUGGACGUGUCUAAUGAGGAUCCUUCCUCCCCACGAGCAAGUCCUGCCCACUCUCCACGUGAAAAUGGCAUCGACAAAAAUCGCAUUUUGAAGAAAGAUGCCUCCAGCAGCCCAGCAUCCACUGCCUCCUCAGGGAGUUCUACUUCUAUGAAAUCCAAAGAAAUAGGUUUGCAUGAAAAGGCCAGCACACCAGUUCUGAAAUCUAGCACACCGACUCCCCGAAGUGAUGUGCCAACUCCAGGAACUAGUGCAACACCAGGGCUUCGUCCAGGCCUUGGCAAACCUCCGACAAUGGAUCCCCUGGUUAACCAAGCUGCUGCUGGUUUGAGAACACCUCUUGCUGUACCUGGACCAUACCCUGCUCCCUUUGGAAUGGUACCACAUGCUGGGAUGAAUGGAGAGUUGACCAGCCCGGGAGCAGCCUAUGCCAGCCUACACAACAUGUCCCCUCAAAUGAGUGCUGCAGCCGCUGCAGCCGCUGUGGUUGCCUAUGGUCGAUCCCCAAUGGUUGGGUUUGAUCCUCCUCCGCAUAUGAGAGUACCUGGUAUCCCUCCGAAUUUGGCUGGAAUCCCUGGAGGAAAACCGCUUGCAUACGUUCUGGACUGCCAAAAUUCAAAUUCUGGGCCAAGAGCAUACUCAUUUCAUGUUACUGCAGAUGGUCAGAUGCAACCAGUUCCUUUCCCUCCAGAUGCUCUUAUUGGACCAGGAAUACCUCGGCACGCUCGCCAGAUCAAUACCUUGAAUCAUGGGGAAGUGGUGUGUGCAGUUACCAUAAGCAAUCCAACAAGACAUGUGUACACUGGUGGGAAAGGUUGUGUCAAGGUCUGGGAUAUCAGCCAGCCUGGCAACAAGAGUCCUGUUUCUCAGCUGGACUGUCUGAACAGAGAUAACUACAUUCGGUCAUGUAAACUGCUCCCGGAUGGAUGCACCUUGAUUGUCGGUGGGGAAGCCAGCACGUUAUCCAUUUGGGACCUGGCUGCUCCAACCCCACGUAUCAAAGCAGAACUGACGUCCUCAGCCCCAGCCUGCUAUGCUCUAGCGAUCAGCCCAGAUUCCAAGGUCUGCUUCUCCUGCUGCAGUGAUGGGAACAUCGCCGUAUGGGAUCUGCACAAUCAGACAUUGGUCAGGCAAUUCCAGGGCCACACAGAUGGAGCCAGCUGUAUUGACAUUUCUAAUGAUGGUACCAAGCUCUGGACAGGAGGUCUGGACAACACCGUAAGAUCCUGGGACUUAAGAGAAGGGAGACAGUUACAGCAGCAUGACUUCACAUCCCAGAUAUUUUCCCUUGGCUAUUGCCCCACUGGUGAAUGGCUGGCGGUUGGAAUGGAGAGCAGCAAUGUGGAAGUGCUGCAUGUAAAUAAGCCCGACAAAUAUCAACUUCAUCUUCAUGAGAGCUGUGUGCUAUCCCUCAAAUUUGCAUACUGUGGCAAAUGGUUUGUAAGUACUGGAAAAGAUAACCUUCUAAAUGCCUGGCGGACUCCAUACGGUGCCAGUAUAUUCCAGUCCAAAGAAUCAUCUUCUGUGCUUAGCUGUGAUAUCUCCGUUGAUGAUAAAUACAUAGUUACAGGCUCUGGAGACAAGAAAGCUACUGUUUAUGAAGUUAUCUACUGAGAAAUUGUGUUGAGAAGAUAAAAGAGUUGAACUGGGCCAAACUGUUCAUAAGUUGUAGAUGUAGAAGGACUUUGCCUCUUUUUUUGGUAUUUUUUAAAAAAGGAAGAACUUGACUUCCACAUCUUCAUACGAUACUAUUCAACUUGUAUUAAACCAGAAAACAACUUUUUGGCAUCCAACUACUGGACCAAUGUGAAGCAAGAAGGCAAAAUGGAUUAAUGUAGCAUAGUUUGGUUGGAUUUUUUUAAAGAGCAUCUGCUGAAGAUGAUUGCAGCCUUUUGGGUUCCCCUCCCCUCUUUAUGAACUCAUAGAAAUCAUUUUCAUUGCUUGAAUAAGUGGAAUUAUGUUUCAGCACUUGCAAUUUCAACUGCAUUUUAUCUUGUUUAGAACAGUGGUAUCUUGGAUAAACUUGUUUCCUGGUUUUUGCCUCUUGGGAUAUGGGUUUUUGUAUUAUUAUUUUUUUCUUUGGUUGAAGAUCAAACAUUUGUAUAAAUUGUAAAUAUAUUUGGUUUAUUACAGUAAAGGCUUUAGUAUCAAUAAAUGGUCUCUUUCUUCCCCCGGUGCCCCUUAAAUGAUCUUUUUAAAAAACACCUUUUGUAAUUUAAAACUUGUAAUGACCUGAAGUAGAAUUGUGGAAUAUUUUAUAAAGUUUUUAUAUCCUGCA